AUGGACUACGCGAAGGGGAAGACAGGGAUUGCUGGGAAGGGUAAGAAGGAUGCUGGGGACCACAAGGUGAGAGUCACUUGUCCCUCCUCUCAUACCGGCGCUCACGACUUGUUUCUCAAGUUCUGGUCCACCCAACCAGUACCACAGCUUGGUGACGAGGUUCCCGCCGAAGAUGGGCCCAUCGAGCCUUCCAGGCCUGGAGAGGAAGUGCGUCAAGAACCAUACCCACUGCCGAAGGAAUUCCAAUGGUCUAUCGUUGACCUUAAUGAUCCCAAUCAACUCAAAGAGGUAUACGAAUUGCUAUCUCUGAACUACGUCGAGGACAAGGAUGCUACCUUCCGUUUCCAAUACACGGCCGAGUUUCUGCAAUGGGCACUCCAGCCACCUGGCUACCACAAGGAAUGGCAUGUAGGCGUACGUGUUGCAUCCAACAAGAAACUUGUUGGCUUUAUAUCCGGUGUCCCCAUCACAUUGCGGAUACGAUCCAACAUCGUCAAGGCUAGCGAGAUUAACUAUCUCUGUGUGCACAAGAAACUGCGAUCUAAGCGGCUAACGCCGGUCUUGAUUAAGGAGGUGACGAGACAAUGCCAUCUCAAGGGGAUCUUCCAAGCCAUAUACACGGUUGGCAUGCUGCUGCCCACACCGGUGUCCACAUGCCGGUAUUACCAUCGUUCACUCAACAUCCCGAAACUAGUCGACACGAAGUUCACGUAUGUGCCGCGUAAUCAGACCCUAGCUCGAAUGAUCCGUCUCCAGAAAGUGCCCUCGUCUACGCAUCUCGCUCUUCGAGAGAUGACGGAAAGUGACAUCGAGCAGGUGGCGGAUCUGUACGACAGAUAUAUGAAGCGGUUCGACAUGGUCCCCCUGAUGACUGUGGAAGAGAUAAGACACCAGUUCUUGAGUGGACUGGGUCGGGGCGAUAUGGUGAAGGGCAGGAGGGAAGGACAGGUUAUCUGGAGUUAUGUGGUCGAGGCUCCUUCCACUCGCCGUAUAACGGAUUUUUUCACGUUCUAUUCACUACCUUCAACGAUCAUCGACAAUCCCAAGCAUAACCUUCUCGAAGCAGCAUACCUCUUCUACUAUGCUUCAGAGACAGCCUUUGCUAGUGACAGCGAGGAGGACGUUGAACGCGAUCUCAAAAAGCGGUUGACCGACCUCAUCGGUGAUGCAUUGGUCAUCGCGAAUGAAGCGAGCUUCGACGUGUUCAACGUUCUGACCUUGAUGGAUAACGUCGCAUUCCUGAACGAUCUGAAGUUCGGCGCGGGUGACGGUAUGCUCAACUUCUACCUCUACAACUGGAGAACGGCGCCCUUGGCAGGCGUGAAAGCCAUUGGAGGGCGGGAGGCUGGAAGGGGCGUAGGCGUAGUUAUGCUUUGA